AUGUCUGCGCUCUUCAACUUCCAGUCCCUCCUACUCGUCAUCCUCCUCCUCAUCUGCACCUGCGCCUACGUCCAUCAAAUAUUCCCGACAAUUCUCGACGGGAAUAAGCAAGGGCUGAUGGGUAUUUUCUGGAAGGCAGCGAGGAUAGGGGAGAGGCUAAGCCCGUAUAUGAGUCUCUGUUGCGUGUUUAUGGCGGUCUCUAUGGUUCUCGGCAACUAG